CCAUUUAUUGAAUGCCACUCAUUUGGAACAAAUGAUCAAUGAAUUGGAUUUUAAAAGUAAAUGUUAUUUUUGAUUAGUACUUCAUAAUGAAGUUGUUUGACUGGUAAGGUGGCUUUGGCCAGCUAUGACACCUGACCUAUGAUUUUUGGUUAUGUCGGUAUGGAUUUAAACUGAUAGGAUACCAAACCUUUAAUUUAUUGGUAUUGCUGUAUGGAUUUGCUGUGUGAUUAGGCAUCUUUGAUCAGACGGAAGCCACAUGUACGACGACAUUUGACCUGGAAGCCACUGGUGAAAGUACGCAGAAGAAAGAUGUCACAGACAGAUCUUCAGGAUUCACGGAAAGGGGAUGUUAUUCUUCGGAAUUUGAUACGACAGUUAUUGACAGAGGAUGAGAGUAUACGUUUUAAAAUAGCAUUACAUAAUUUCAAAAUUUCAAAAUCAGUUACAACAUUGUGCCAUCAGUUAAAACCUAUUAUAAACUCAACAGAAAAAAUUAUGCUGCUUUUGGAGUUGAGUACAAGACUUCCGCUAUCACUUCAAGAAGAUUUUCAUAGAUUGUGUAGUUUACAGUAUCCACAUUAUGAUGCAUACUAUCAUAUAUAUCAUUCAGGGAAUGCCAUGCCAGAAUCAUCAAAAGUUAUUGCCAAAGAUUCAUCGGGACAGUUCAAAAUUGUAUCAUCUAGUAGUGAUACCAAGUUAUACAUGGCGAAUAAUAACUUAAAAAAUAGUUCAGAUCAGAGUUCGUUACAAGGGACUAGUGUAACUAGCGGAAUAUACAGUGAACAUGAUGAUACUGUGUCAUAUAAAAUGGACGUGAAAGACAAUGAUUCUGAUGUUUUUGUAUGGACUCCUCAAUAUGGACAAAUUAAUCCCAAUUCAUCAGCAUUUGUGUCAAAAGGUGCCAAAAAUGUUGAAAACAAAAGAGUAUUUUUAGAACGCCUGAAUGGCAGUCUGGGUAUUGGAAUUCGUGGAGGGAAAGAAUAUGGGUCUGAAAUUUUUGUUAAUCAUGUUGAAGAAGGAGGGGCUGCAGAUAAACAGGGUAUUAAAGUUGGCGACAGAAUCCUAGAGGUGAAUGGUACUUCCUUCAAUCAGAUGACUCAUGCAGAGGCAGUUACUCUCAUGAGGAAUGCAUGGAAUGUUAUUAUGAUGGUUCAGGCUAUUCCUCAGAAUGGAGAGAUGCAGGAAGCUCUUCAUAUAAAGGAGUUAGAAAUGGUGCUCUUCCCCUCAUCAAAUGACUUUAAAUUAGGAUGUGCUACAAAUAGGAAACAGAAGAGUAAAUUUUUGAAAGUAAAAGCAGUUGACAGACACUCGCCGUCAGAACAAGCAGGCUUGUGUGUUGGUGAUUUCAUUGUAAAGAUUGAUGGUAUAGAUGUGAGAACAUUAUCAGACAAACAGAUUAUGUCACUAACAAAAACAAAACGUCUAACAAUGCUCAUAAAAAGACUUGUGACAGAUGAUGAUGCCACACCUCAUCUGUCUGUUACAAGCAUGGAGAAUAACGAAAAUAGGAUGAGAAAUGAACCUCAUAUGUCAUCACAAAACCAUUUGUCUACUAAUAGUCAAGAAGAUUACGACGAUGAGGACAGUACGAACCAGUUCGGUAUAGAAGAUCAGCAUUUAGCUCACGAAAGGGUUAAAGCAAUAUAUUCAAGUCCCUUCUCACCCCACACACCUUUUUCUAGUGAAAAAUCAUGGACAUCACAAAGAUUGGUUUUCAAAAGCGAUUGCAUAACGCCACCAGCACGAGGAAGACCAGACCUUCGUUCACCAUAUCAGUAUGAAAUGAGGAGUCAUAGUGCAGGGCGGGAUUCUCAGCCCAUCCUUGUUUCAAGACCAGGACCGGGAAUAAGAUACAUUCGUAGUCGGUCUCAGUCGCCACAUAUACUUCGACAGAGAAUGCCACGCCCUCGGUAUUCAAAACAAGACCUUGAAAUGAUUAGGGGCAUUCAACGCGGAAUGGAAAAACGACAACGUGCUAUCAGACUCUCUUAUUAUAAUGCUGCAUCUGUUGAUAAUUUAGACUGGGAAAUAUAGUGAUAUUUGUAAGCUUUUUUGAAUGAAUGAUGUUUUACACUCCUAUAAAGAUUGUGUUUGUAGAUUUAUUCCUUAUUAUUGCAUUUUGUGUUUGAAAACCACAUAGUAUGGUGCAUAUCAUGUAUCAUCAGUCGGUUGGGAUGUUCAACGUCCAACACAUCAACUUAAUGUUCAAAGUCUAUAUAAUCUAUUUGUAAAAGUAUGAAUUAGAAUGUUGGGUUGGGGUCUGUGUUGAAGCAGAUUUUAUUCUAAAUAAAAUGUUGUUUUAAUAAUUUUUUGUAUGAUUAAUAUAAAUCAUAUAUACUUCAUAAUAAUGAACAUAGAACAGAUACAUUUAUUGAGCAUUUUUUGUUUUAAGGUAAACAGUACUUCGUUAAAUUGCAACAAAGUUCUAGGGUAAUAAAGUUUUUUAGAGGUCAUAUAAAAAUGACAGUAAUUUUUACCUCCAAAUUGAUUUUUGAUCAGUUUUAACGUUGUUCUUGUUUUUUUGCUUAAUGUGUGAGGAACAUAAUUAUAGAGAGACAGUUUUACCACCCUAAUCCCUGUUUCACAUUUGAACAUUCAUUUGUCAAACAAUACCCUGUAUACCUAUCUUUGUAUGAUAAAGUGUAUUUACUAAAUGAAUUCAUUUAAUACAGUUUGCGAUAUUAUCUUAUGUUUCUCGAUUUUGAUGUUUUCCUGAAUUAUUCACUGUAUACUAGUAUUUUACAUAUUUAUUAGGAAAAUUUACUUGAGACUAAAAUUCUCUAUACACGUAUAUUAUGAAAGUAAUAUCAAAACUCACAUGUAGCAUGGAUUUAUUAAAAUUUCACUAACAUUAAUAUCUUGGAAUUACAAAAUCAUACCAUUCAUUUUUUUUUCAUUGAUAUUUUGAUAUAUCUUUUUAUAUGAUGUUUAUGAUGUUAUGAUGUCGAGUUUGUUUCACGAAUCUAUAGUAUUUAUUUGAAGGAUCAUUGUUGUUAUUUAUUGAUAGAAAUCAAAAGAAGUAUAUUUAUAUUUUGUUUAUGAAAUAAAAAUAAUGUGCAAA